CGCUCAACGGGGCCAAUUGCUCAUCUAUCGACUGCCCUGUGUUUAAGUUAACGAUUGAAAGGCCAUCCCGGGAAUAUAUCCGGUUUUCCGACCUUUUCGCGCGAGCUUCAAUUGAACGACCCGUCCUACAGUUUCGUUCCCGAAGCCGCCCGCUUUCUGGCAACAAUCCGGCACGUCGUUCAGCAAUAAGAAGCCAUGGGAGCAGGCGGAUCUAAACCCUCAGAAACGAGCGGAGGCUCGAGACAUGUUUUUAGGAGCGAAACUCCAAUUCAAUUCUCCCAGAAUCUUGUUGAAUCUUUACAAUCGAGUUCAGAGACCGACUCCUCCCGUGCCCAAACCAUAGAACUCCACAUCCAAAACCGCGUCGCAGAGGAACUAAAACGUAUCCAAGCCCGCGAAACUCAGACUCUUGCAGACCUCGAACAACGCCUCGCAGAAACUACUCAGUCAUCAGCCUUCACAGACCAAUCCACAUCCCUUGACGCACCCCGCGUACCUUUCGCCGGCCCUGAAAUCGCCGGAUUACCCCAAGAUCUCGACCAAGAUGCUGCGAGACGGGAGCUAAGCAGCCAGCAGGUGGCGCUAGAGAUUGAAGCGCUGCGGGAGAAACUCGCUGCUAGACGGAAGGUCAAGGAGGUCGAUGCCGGCGUGGAGAAGGCGAGGGAGGACGUUGUCAACUGUUUGAGACGGAAGGAAAAGAGGCCGCUCGACUGCUGGGCUGAAGUGGAUACAUUCAAGAAGGAAGUUGCUAGAUUAGAGAAAGACUGGGUGAAGAAGGUCAUCGGCUAGAGCUUUGGUGGUUAUAUAACCCCGAUGCGUUGAAGCAUCUGUUGCCGAGCGAAAGUUCUAUGACAGAAGCACUGAAAGUUAUGUCUUUUGCAUCGCAAUGCAAGAGUGUUGUAUUAUAAAACAAAAUGGGAUGCAUAACAUAGAG